ACCGGUUGGUGAGUAAACCAAUCCCCCUCUUUCUUUCCUCCCACCUUCCUCCGCGUCCCCCUCCGCUCCGCGACGCGCCAUGGCCGACGAGGACGACGACGCCGCCGUCCUCAGCGACGUCGAGGAGGCCGACGACCCCGCCCCCCUCCUCCUCCCCCCUCCCUCCUUCACCACCGCCUCCUCUUCCUCCUCCACCUCCUCCUCCGCAGCCUCUGAUCAGCAGCAGCAGCAGCAGCAGCAGCAGCGCAUCCGCGACCUCCUCGCCGAGCUCGAGGCCGAGCGCCGCGCCCGCCGCGCCGCCGAGGACGGCCGCGCCGACUCCGAGUCCCGCCUCCACCGCCUCAAGGCCUUCGCCCAGGACGUCAUCAAGAAGCGCGACGACGCCCUCCGCUCCGCCGACGACGCCGCCAAGAAGCUCGACGACGCCGCCGCGAAGCUCGCCGAGGCCUCCGCCCGCGGCGACGCCCUCGAGUCCGAGAUCUCCACCGCCUCCCAGAUGCUCGCCUCCGGCCUCGACAAGAUCUCCGGCAAGAUCUCCGCCUUCCGCGCCUUCCCCCCCGACGGCCUCCCCAAGUCCCACAAGUACGCCGCCGGCCUCCCCGCCCUCGCCUUCGGCGUCGUCAAGCGCACCAACGAGAUCGUCGAGGAGCUCCUCCGCCAGGUCGACGCCGCCGCCAAGUCCCGCGACCAAGCCCGCGAGCAGGCCGAGCAGCGCAACUACGAGAUCGCCAUCGAGGUCUCGCAGCUCGAAGCCACCAUCGCCGGCCUGCGCGGCGAGAACGAGAAGCUAACGAGGUCGCUCGCCGACAGGGACGCGAAGAUCUCCGACAUGGCGGGCGAGAUCGCGGAGCUGAGGCAGCUCGGAGAGGACUGCGAUGGCAAGCUGAAGAGCUUGGAGGCCAAAUCGGCCUUGCAGAGGACGGUGCUCGUCGAUCAUCUCUAUUACAUCUCCAAGGUCUACGAGCAAAUCAAUGACAUUGUCGGGAUCGUGGAUUCGAACGAGCCGGAGAGCAGGGAUCCGCCCGACCUGCUGUUCGUGCGGAAGGAGAUUGAGACGAGUGAUGAUUUGAAGACUUCGUCGGAAGGGAUGAUUUCGGUUUACGAGCUGUCGAAGGCGGCAGCAGAGAAAGUAAGAGAAAGAAUAGAGGCAAUGAAUGGAGAGGCGGUAUCUCUCAAUGAGAAGGUAGUUUCUCUUUUGGAAGAGAAACAGCAUAUCAGCACUUUGCUAAGAGGAUCUCUAUCGUCCGAUCCGAACAAAGUGUUGCACGUUGCAGACGACGAGGGGUUUAAAGAGGAUGAAGUCUAUACGUUGGCUGGUGCUUUGGAGAACACCGUAAAGGAAUCUCAACUUAAGAUCAUUGAGCUACAGCAUUUGGUGGAGGCGCUCAGGGCAGAGUCUAGUGCAUUUAAAGCUCGUUUAGAUGCACAAGCUAAAGAGAUUAGCCAGCAAAAGCAACGCAUAAAGGAACUUGAGGAGAAAGAGAGGGUAGCGAACGAAAACGUUGAAGGCCUCAUGACAGAUAUUGCAGCAGCUGAAGAAGAAAUCACAAGAUGGAAAGUAGCAGCAGAGCAAGAAGCUGCAGCUGGUGGAGCAGUUGAACAGGAGCUUCAAACACAGAUAUCAGCUCUCCGGAAGGAACUAGAAGACACUAGGCAAGCGAUGGUAGAGUUAGAAAACAAACUAAAAUUCAAGGAAGAAACUGCAGCUGCGGCGAUGGCGGCAAGAGAUGCGGCUGAGAAAUCCUUAAGAUUGGCGGAUUUGAGAGCCGCGAGGCUGCGUGAGAGGUUGGAGGAACUUACUCGGCAGCUCGAAGAAUAUGAUAGCAGGGGCGAGACAACGAACCGGAACAGUCAUAGGUACAUUUGCUGGCCGUGGCAAUGGCUGGGUCUCAACUCUGUACGAUACCAGCAAGCCGACAUACAAGAAAACUCUAAUGAGAUGGAGUUGUCGGAACCCCUCAUCUAGUUUGUCCCUCUGUAUUCCUGUAUUCAUAUAGAAAAUUUGAUUGAUCUCUUGAUUAGAAGGUAAAUUAAUAAUUCAGUAGUUGUUAUUAUUGUUUUUUUCUCCAUUUUCCAUCUGCCAAGAAUUCCACAGCUUAAGAGCACUUUUUCUUGGUUAGCUAUUUGAGAAGGGUGUGCUUGUUUAUAGAAAUUUCGAAUUGUUAGAUAUAAUUUCUAUAUUUAUGUCGUCUUUUGUGAAUCACUAUAAUUUUUAAUCUUCUCAUUCCAUCUCC